GAGAGCAUCCCUAGAUAUCUCCAUUAUCAGGCUUCUCUAUUUUUAAAGUCUCUUUUCUUUUAUCUGGGGAGACUCUGGAUAAACAACUUAACUGAAGAUUUAGAGUGUUCAUUACUGACUCAAUUCUUUGGAUUAUGGAAAUUAUCCACAUUGCAAGCGAAGGGAGAUUGGACCACUACAACCUAUGUAUUUGUGCCUGCUUCUGCAGCAAAGCACCUCCAAGACACCUCCUUGUACAGAUGGUAUGCUGGGCCUCAAGCCAGCCCAGUGUUUGGAUGGAAUAAAGGCCUCUGGGACAGAGCAGCUUUGUACACUGUACACCCAAAGGCGGAAAGAGUAAUGUCCAUGUUGUACUAUACUCUGAUUAUAGCAUUUCUGAUCGGCAUACAGGCUGCACCAAAGACCAAGGACCAUGCCCCAGCCGGCUCAUCAACAAAGCAUCGCAUUCAGCAUCAUCAUACACAUCGAACUAAGUCUCUUCACCGAAAUCAUGGCAGAAUAGAAACAAAUGAACCUGCACCUUUUCACAACAUUACAGUUGACCCUAAACUUUUCAGGAGGAGGAAAUUCCGCUCUCCAAGGGUUUUGUUUAGCACCCAACCUCCACCAUUGUCAGAGGACCUACGGAACUUGGAAUAUUUAGAUGAUGAGGAAUCCCUCAAUAAAACUAUCCGAGCGAAAAGAACGGUGCAUCCAGUGCUACAUCGUGGGGAGUAUUCCGUAUGCGAUAGCGUCAGUAUGUGGGUUGGUGAAAAAACCACAGCCACUGACAUCAAGGGAAAGGAAGUAACUGUGCUGGGGGAAGUCAAUAUAAAUAAUAACGUUUUUAAGCAGUACUUUUUUGAGACCAAGUGUAGAGACCCAAAACCAGUUUCAGGUGGAUGCCGUGGGAUUGAUUCAAAACAUUGGAACUCCUAUUGUACCACCACGCAUACAUUUGUCAAAGCAUUGACAAUGGAAGGGAAGCAAGCAGCAUGGAGGUUCAUCCGGAUAGAUACAGCUUGUGUCUGUGUGCUCAGCAGGAAGAGCCGAUCAUAAAUAGACCCUUCUUGCUGUUUUCAUCUUCUCCCCACCCCUACCUCAGCCUGUAAAUUAUUUUAAAUUAUAUGGACUGCAUGAUAUAUUUAAAAUUUUUACUGUAAAAAAGAGACUAUUUAUUAAAAACUUUUCAAAAUGGGUUUGUUUGUAAUUUUUUAUACCUUACCAUUUUGGGGGUAACAUGUCUGUUUGCCCUCUAAUUUGGAAACAUGAAAUAAAAAGACCAAAACAUAUAUGCCUUAUAGAAUUUAUUAGACGUUGAUAUUUUCUUAUAAUUUAAUUGCCAAGGAUAAAUUAUUUUCAUUGCUGUUCACUAUCAAUGAGUAGAAAAUAUGAUAUGCUAAUGAUAAUAAAUAUUGUAUGUAUCAUUUUAUUUUUUUUAAGCUGGAAAUUUUAUAGUUUUUUAAGAAUUCAUAC